AUGAACCAGGGAGAGGGAGAGGUGGAGAGUGCAGGAGGGAGAGUGGAACAGAAGCUCCAUGAAGCGAUAGUUGAAGGGAAUACUAAAUUAGAAGCAUUCAAAGAAAUACUGAAUAAAGAUCCAAAGAUUCUUGAUAGGAUUAAGGUGGGUUGUUUCAUUCACACUCCUCUGCACGUAGCAGCAUACCACGGGCAUUUAGAAUUUGUCAAAGAAAUUCUAAAGAAAAGUCCGGGACUUGUUGAAGUGCUGGAUUCGCAACGGUGGUCUCCUCUUCACUUGGCGUCUGCUCGAGGCCACCUUGAUAUUGUACAAGCACUCGUAUUGGAGAAUCCGGAUAUGUGCACAGCUCUUGAUGGAGAUGCUAGAACCCCUCUACAUCUUGCAGCCAUGAAAGGUAACCUUGAUGUAAUGGACAAGUUGAUGAAUGUUAAGGAUGUUGCUGGUAACACCAUAUUGCAUCUAGCUGUCAGGAAUAAAAAAUGGCAGAGUUUCACAGUUAUUCCAAUUCCUUUAGCCAUUAUUGAAGUUAAUGAUGGUGAAUAUAUCAUUGAAGCUGCUGUUGUGAAAUAUUUGCUUGAGAAAAUAGAAAAAGCAGAAAAGACAGAAAACAGAAUAAAUGUAGUAAAUGCAAUAAACAAUUGUGGGUACACAGCAUAUGACAUUAUAAUGGAAAGUAAAAAUGACACGCAGGAAUUCAAAGACAUUAUAGUCACCUUUCGAAAAGUGAAAGCAGUGAAAGCAAAUCUUUCUAAAGGGGAAUGGUUGUCAAAAAAACGAGACAUAUUAAUGGUCGUGGCAUCACUUAUCGCGACAAUGGCUUUCCAAGCUGCGAUAAGUCCUCCAGGAGGUUUCUGGCAAGACAAUACAGCUGCACAUAGAGCAGGGGAAGCUAUAAUGGCUUAUAACUAUUGUUGGCUACAUAUUUUGUAA